AUGGCAACCGUGGACGUUAUCAACCUAGGAAAUCUCGUUCAAGAGUCUACCGACGCUUGGCAGCAUAAUUCUACCGAAGUGGAUUUCAACGACAUGGAUGCGCACGCUUUUUGUGCCUAA